UCGAAUUUGAAGCACGCGCUUUCCCGCCUGAAUUUGUUUGCCCGCCGAGGUGACGUCAGCGGCGCGGGGCGCCCUGCAGCCAAUGAGCGCGCGGCUCGCGGCCCCCCCCUCCCGCCAUGGAGCCCGCGGCCACCAGCAUCCAGGUGCUGCUGCAGGCGGCCGAGUUCCUGGAGCACCGGCAGCACCGGCAGCACCGGCAGCACCGGCAGCACCGACACCCGCUCGGCCUGGCCGAGGCCGAGCACGGCUACGCCGCUCUCUGCCCUCGCCGUCGCGCCGGGCCGUGGGCAGCGUCAGGUGAGCGGCGGGCGAGUGGUGGGUGGGAGGAUAGCGGCGGCCGGUCGGUGCACAACGCGCUGGAAAAGCACAGGAGAGCCCAGCUCCGGUGCUGCCUGGAGCGGCUGAAGCAGCAGGUGCCGGUGGGCGCGGGGUCUUCCCGUCCCACCACGCUGAGCCUCCUGCACCGUGCCCGGCUUCACAUCCAGAGGCUCGAGGAGCAGGAGCUGAGGGCACGAAAGGCUAAGGACCGGCUGCGGGACCGGCAGCGGAGCCUGCAGCGGCGGCUGGAACGGCUGCUCUUGCCCACUGAUGGGGAACGGGCGCGGGCCGACAGCCUGGACUCAUCRCAGCUCUCAGAGCCCUCCGAGGGAGAGGAUGCCGAGGUAGAGGUGGAUGGCGUGGUGUUCGGCGGGGAUCUGCUGCCCAGCUUUGGCACCGGGAGGGACCACAGCUACUCCAGCCCGCACAGCCCCGCGUCCUGACGGUGCCUGCUGCCUUCCCUGCWCUGCCUGCCUGCCUCCUUCCUGCCAGAAACCCAGCCUGUGCCAGCCUCACCACAGCUGCCAGGGUAAGGGGGCACAGAUGGGGGCAAGAGUCCAGCUUUACCCCCCACAGCUGGGUGGCACUGGCUGUGGCACUGGGUGCACAGGGCUGGCACUGCGCUGUGGCACCCGCUGUGCACCACAAAGCAUUAGAAGAGGUGCUGGAAGGAGGCCUGGCUGUCACAGGGACACCCUCCUGCCUCUCCUUGUGCACUCCCAGGCAGUCUGGGGGCUGCCUGGCAUGAGUAUGGGGCGGUGCUGCCCACUGCAGAUACAGCUACAGGAAGGCUCUCUGCUCUCCCGCCCCUGGAGCACCAGGAAGGAGAAACGAGUGCAUUAAGCAACCUGCCUUCAUCCCCCCGCAGCCACUACGCUCUCUUGUACAGACCCAACACUUUAUAGUAAAACUAUUUCGAAAAACCCCGGCCUGUGUCUUCCCUGCAGAGAG